CCGGGCCGCUCGGGAUUGGGCCGCCGGCCGGGCCACCUGCGACCCAGGGCGGGGUCCCCGUAACGACAGCGGGGCGGGGUGUCCCGGGAACCCCGGACCCAACUGGGGCAGAAGGCACCGCGCCGGGGCUGGACUUGGGCAUUCUGGAGGGGGGCGAGCGCAUGCUGCUACGAGGCGGUAGGAGGGUUUGCGAGAGGCGCGGACCCUCCCCCAUGCGCCCCUUCCCCUGCUCUCCCAGGAAAGGGGGCUCUAGGCCCAAGAAGCCAUCUCCCCCCAUCUUGGGCAUCUUUUCGCUGCUCUUUUCUGGCAGGAUCCCGAGGGCGAAUAUUGUAGCUUCUAGGGCCAGCCGCCCUCCCAGCCAGCUCCCGGACUAAAACCCUCAGAAGCGCAUGCCCCACCCCCUUCUGCGCGGGAGGGCCCCAGGGUGGGGCGGAGCAGGAUUUUCUUGGGGAAUCUUUGACCCUACCCCACUGCACCCCCCAGCCCCGCGGGGUUGCUGUAAACAAGUGCGGUAGGAAAGAAGCUCCUCCUCCAGGCCCCACUUCGCUGCACACACAGUGUUCAUGCCCGUCUCUUUCCCGGUUCCCGUCCGCGCCAGGUGACGCGCAGAGCCGAAACCAUGGUUCAUCAGGUGCUCUACCGGGCGCUGGUGUCCUCCAAGUGGCUGGCGGAGUCGGUCCGGGCUGGCAAGCUGGGCCCCAGCCUGCGGGUGCUGGACGCGUCCUGGUACUCCCCGGGCACCCGCGAGGCCCGCAAGGAGUACCUGGAGCGCCAUGUGCCGGGCGCCUCCUUUUUUGACAUAGAGGAGUGCCGGAACACGGCGUCGCCCUACGAGAUGAUGCUGCCCAGCGAGGCGGGCUUCGCUGACUACGUGGGCCGCCUGGGCGUCAGCAACGACACGCACGUGGUCGUGUAUGAUGGUGACCACCUGGGCAGCUUCUACGCGCCGCGGGUGUGGUGGAUGUUCCGUGUGUUUGGCCACCGCACCGUGUCGGUGCUCAAUGGCGGCUUCCGGAACUGGCUGAAGGAAGGCCACCCGGUGACAUCUGAGCCGUCAUGCCCAGAGCCCGCCGUCUUCAAAGCCACACUGGACCGCUCCCUGCUCAAGACCUACGAGCAGGUGCUGGAGAACCUGGAAUCUAAGAGGUUCCAGCUGGUGGAUUCUCGUUCCCAGGGGCGGUACCUGGGCACUGAGCCAGAGCCCGAUGCAGUAGGACUGGACCCGGGCCACAUCCGAGGCUCGGUCAACAUGCCGUUCAUGGACUUCCUGACGGAGGACGGCUUUGAGAAGAGUCCAGAGGAGCUCCGUGCUAUGUUCGAGGCCAAGAAGGUAGACCUCGAGCAGCCCCUCAUCGCCACCUGCCGGAAGGGUGUCACCGCCUGCCACAUUGCCCUGGCCGCCUACCUCUGCGGCAAGCCCGACGUGGCCGUCUAUGAUGGCUCCUGGUCCGAGUGGUUCCGCCGGGCGCCCCCAGAGACCCGUGUGUCCCAGCGGAAGGGUGGGAAGGCCUGAGCAGUCAGCUCUCCUCCGCUCGCCCCCACUCCCGCCGGCGUAGUGCCCCCUGCGUGACCUGCAGCUGGUUCACACCUCUUCAGCAGAGAAGGGUGACAAGUUUUAGAAUUGCUGUGUAAAGCCCCCCUUUUCCCAGCAGCACUGGAAUAAACUCGGCCUUUUCUGA